AUGGGCCACCAGCAGCUCUACUUGAGACACCUGAGGAAGUUUGGCCAGAGCUCCUGCUCCUGUCACAUGUGCUCGAACCACCACGGCCCGAUGCACAAGUAUGGGCUCAACAUGUGCCACCAGUGCUUCCGCCAGUAUGGCAAGGACAUUGGAUUCAUCAAGCUGGAUUAA